AUCCAUCUCAUUGCCACAAUGAUGGCUUGACCACUAUUUUUCAGCAAAACUAGAAAUUUUCCAAUUCCACUCUCUUUAAUUCCCUGUGGUGCUUUUGACUACAACAAUUAUUUUAUAUGUCUCGCGUGCUGGCCAUGCGAGGCGUAGGCGGACAGAAUCAAUGCAUCUUUUGCGCUUUUCGCAUUCAACAACCAUGGAUGCCAACACAUUCGCGACGAGUGAAUGAUGUGAUUCGGCGAACCCGAUAUAUCAGUACUUCUCUGCCAAUUGCUGGCUCAAGUGCAUCAUCUUUCGGUGGUAGGAGAACACCUAAGGACCGACCUGCCCGUUUCGGAGGCGCCGCAAAACGAUCGGGCAUGCUACGGAUUGGUGGUUCAAAGUUUCGUCAAGAUGUGAAGUUCACCGAUAUUAAGGACACAAUCAGGGAGCGGAUGGAUUUGCUGGAAGAAAACUUGGGCACCACGCCGCAGCUUGAACCACUUGGACUGAGCGAGGCGGUUCUGAAAAGACAUUUCGAAGCAUUUAAACGAAACGUGUUACGCUCCUUUUCGCAAUCAAAUGAUGAAACAAGUGGGACAAUGCCUUUGUUCCAUAGCUUGCGGGCAGCAUUUGUCGACAAGGAUGUGCGCGGAUUGGACUCUGAAUUGAAAUACACCUUUUACGGUCAUGUUGCGAGUGCGCGGUUUUCGAAAAAGGACAUUGAACAUCAGAAGAUGCUUGCAGAUCUGAGAUUUCCCGUUGAGUGGUACCCUGGAACACGGGUGAUUCAGCGAACGAUACAUUUACAUGUUGGACCGACCAACUCAGGAAAAACCUAUCAUGCGCUGAAAAGGCUAGAACAAGCAAACACCGGGGUGUAUGCUGGCCCAUUACGACUUCUUGCACAUGAGGUGUAUUCCAGGCUUCUCGCUCUUGGGAAGAGAUGCAACCUUAUUACUGGUGACGAUCGCAAAAUGACGGAGACAUCUGAGAAUGCUAUGAACUGCUGCACUGUGGAGAUGGUACCUGUCAACACUAAAAUUGAUGUUGCUGUGAUAGAUGAAAUCCAAAUGAUUGGGUCCCAAUCCCGCGGUUGGGCAUGGACUCAGGCAUUCUUAGGGGUCAAGGCUAAGGAGGUGCACCUCUGUGGCGAAGAAAGAGUUGUUCCUUUGAUUCGGGCUCUGGCAGCAUCCAUGGGCGAGGAGUUGGUUAUUCACCGUUAUCAGCGGCUGAGCCCCCUGAAGACCAUGUCAACAAGUCUUAAAGGUGAUCUCAGACAACUGAGAAAGGGCGACUGCGUCGUGGUCUUUUCGAGGAUGGGCAUCCAUGCCACAAAGCGAGAAAUUGAAAGAGCAACGGGCAAGCGAGUUGCUAUCGUAUAUGGGAGUCUGCCACCUGAAGUCAGGGCUCAACAAGCCAAGCUUUUCAACGAUGAAAGCAAUGAUUACGAUAUCUUGGUGGCAAGCGACGCCAUCGGUAUGGGAUUAAAUUUGAACAUUAAGCGUAUCAUUUUCGAAUCCUCUCAAAAGCACAAUGGCAAGGAAUUUCGAACAUUAGAGGUCUCAGACAUCAAACAAAUUGCGGGGCGUGCAGGACGUUACCGGACUGCCAGUCAAGCCACUGAAGAAAAAUCGUCACCAGAAGCUGCUGAUGUUCAGACCAGCGAUGUUUCGCCAGACAAUGUUGUGGCGCCUCUUCCGCCAGCCAAAAACCUUGGUCUUGUCACUACCUUAGAGCAGAUGGAUCUCAAAGUUGUCCAAGAAGCCAUGGAAAGCGAGCCCGAACCAAUUCAGAGUGCCGGACUUUUCCCACCCAGUGCAAUCCUGGAGCAAUUUGCAAGCUAUUUUCCUCCUGAGACACCUUUCAGCUACAUCCUCCUUCGUUUGCAUGAGCUUUCACGACUUCACCCCCGUUACCAUCUCUGCGCCCUUCGAGAUCAGAUUGAGAUUGCAGAUAUGAUCCAGCCGAUCAAAAACUUAAGUAUUGAAGAUAAGGUUAUUCUCUGUGCAGCUCCUGUCAGUGCGAGGGACCCAGGGGUCAGCCAGCUCGUGGCUGCAUUCGCUCAAUGCAUAGCGAACCAAGGAGGUGGUGCUUUGUUAGACAUUCCAGAAGUAAACCUAGAACUUCUCGAUAAGCCAGCAUCUUCCAAUAUGGAGUACCUUCGUCAACUUGAGACACUUCACAAAGGGCUGAUCUUGUAUCUUUGGUUGAGCUAUCGGUUUGCUGGCGUAUUCACUAGUCGGCCGUUAGCGUUCCAUGUGAAGGAGAUGGUUGAGGAGAGGAUUGAUAAGUCCCUUCACGAUUAUAGAUUCGAUCCCAAGGUUCGAAAACUUUUGAAGCGAGCUAGAGAGCAGUCGAUGAUUGAGAAACUGACAAAAGGGACGAUCUCUACCGAGGCGUCUGACUCGGGAAAUGAUUUCCCCUUAAAGUGGGACGAAGGGAUUAGUGCUUUACGCCUGGAGGAAGGCGCGACUGCGGCUAGAAACCAACAUGUUGCCUCUUAGAGAGAUGACUGUAUUUAUUAUAUGUAUUUGUAUGUAUAGAAGGAAUGACUCAGUCUCUCACGCGGGAGGAUUAAUGUAUCUAGGUAGUUAACAGGCAACUUAAGAGCUAAAACAAUUCACGUAGAGAGGAAUACGCCU